AAGGCAACCGGAACUUGUGCUUCCGCUGCGCUGAGGAAAAGUCGCUACCGGAAAAGCAAGAAAGAGCUGAGGUGAGCGGGCGGCGGCGGUUGGCGACCGCAGUCGGAGUUUGUCUCUCCGCCCCCGCGGUUGCGUCUCUCUCGGUGUGGAGCGCUGAAGUCCGGCGCGGGACAGCCUGGGAAGCCCAGGCUCGCCGUCCUCCCACGUUCCUCCGCGGAGCUCCCCGGGGCCUGAGGCAGGCGGCCGGCCGAAGUGAGCAUGGCAAUUCAGCAUUUCUGAGUCUGAUUCAGUUAAGCAACAAACUAUCUGAUGAAAGCCUGAUCUGCAGUCUUGGGUGAAUAGAGGAUCAUCUGUCCCUCUAGGGUGAAAUUAGCAUACCGGUUGUCUUGGCUGUUCAACAAGUUCUCAGUUUUCAAGGCAUAUUUCCCAUCAGGAAGCUUGAAGAUAAUAUGGUUUGAACCCACAGCGAACUUCUGAACAUCGUAGUUGUGUUGAUCAGACUGCUCUGGUCUUAGGUUCUUGAUUUUCUACAAUGGGUGAACCACAGCAAGUGAGUGCACUUCCACCGCCUCCAAUGCAGUACAUCAAGGAAUAUACAGAUGAAAAUAUUCAGGAAGGGUUGGCUCCCAAGCCUCCCCCUCCAAUUAAAGACAGUUACAUGAUGUUUGGCAACCAGUUCCAAUGUGAUGAUCUUAUCAUUCGCCCUUUAGAAAGUCAGGGCAUUGAACGGCUUCAUCCCAUGCAAUUUGAUCAUAAGAAAGAACUGAGAAAACUCAACAUGUCUAUACUGAUUAAUUUUUUAGACCUUUUAGACAUCUUAAUAAGGAGUCCUGGGAGUAUAAAACGAGAAGAAAAGCUAGAAGAUCUUAAGCUGCUUUUUGUACAUGUGCAUCAUCUUAUAAAUGAAUAUCGACCCCACCAAGCAAGAGAGACUUUGAGAGUCAUGAUGGAGGUCCAGAAACGCCAGCGCCUUGAAACAGCUGAGAGGUUUCAGAAACAUCUGGAACGAGUAAUUGAAAUGAUUCAAAAUUGUUUGGCUUCUUUGCCUGAUGAUUUGCCCCAUUCAGAAGCAGGGAUGAGAGUUAAAGCUGAGCCGAUGGAUACUGAUGAUAACAGCAAUUGUCCUGGACAGAAUGAACAACAAAGAGAAAGUUCAGGUCACAGAAGAGACCAGAUUAUAGAAAAAGAUGCUGCCUUAUGUGUGCUAAUUGAUGAAAUGAAUGAAAGGCCAUGAAGAGUAUUCCUUUUUUUCCUUUUAUUUAGUAAGUAGCAUCAUAUAUUAGUUUAUUUUCUCUCAGACAGUCUUAAGAGGUUUAACUAAAGAUAUAAAGAGACUUUUUUCAAUUGAAAUGCUGUAGGUGGUAAUUUAACAGUAAACCUAGGCCAGCAAGUAUAUUUGAGUAAUUGCCAUAAAAAAGCUGAAUGUUUGCUAUUGUUUGGGAUAGUCCUACUUUUUUGGAGUUGGAAUAAAAACUUGAAGUAAUAACAAA